UACUGCAGCUUUAUCUGAGGGUUUAGGGCUUAGCUCUUUUUCAUUUUGCUGAUUUAGAAGGUCCAUGAUGGCUGGGCUCAGGUCAUCAGCACUGAUAACAGUUCUUAUACUCACGUUUAGGAGCUAUGAAGCAGUGACCCAGACUGGAUCCUGCAGGCUUGUGUGUGACCCUUUCCAAGGCAAGGGCAGUACACAUGAGCUGGGUGCAAAUGGUUUGGUCAUCCCAUUGUCAUCUUCUGGAGGGGGUCCUACAGGUCCUGCAGGGCCACCAGGAAAAGCAGGACCUCCAGGACCGCCUGGACCUAAAGGACAGGGAUCUCUUGCAAAGGGACCAAUAGCCUUUUAUGUAGCACUGAAGGAAGACUUUGGGAAAGAAGACGUUCUGAAGUUCAGUACGGUGACGACGAAUCUGGGUGGCCGCUAUGACUCCUCCACUGGAACAUUCACAUGCAAUUUAGCUGGCGUGUACCAUUUUAGUUACCACAUAGUGAAGAGUGGACUUAGCCUCAGAGCUGACCUGGUGCUUAAUGACCACAAGAUUGUGGCGAGUGCAGUGGCAGUAGAUGCGCUCCACACUGACACAGCCAGUAACAGCGCAGUGCUGCAGCUCAGAGCAGGUGAUCGGGUGUACGUGCGCCUGAAUAAGAGUGACAGCACACUUAAGGACUCCCAGAACCUCUUCAGCACCUUUUCAGGCCACUUGCUAUAUGAGCUUUGAGACACACGCUUUUCUGAUUGCUGAAUCUCAAGCACAUUCUAUGUCUUUCCCCAACUAUCUCUGCAUUUGUGCUAGAAAGCAUCUGUAUUAUUCUCUGAAUAAAAGGAAAGCUUUGUCACCA